CAAUGUGAAUGAUGUAGAUGUGAUUGUAGAAACAAGUCAGACGGGUCAGAUAGGUCAAACAACAUACCAAGACAAGGUAGAAGCUUACCCUGAAAUGUCAGCACCAGCAGCAGCUCAGAAGAGCAGUCUGUCUGAACAAGAUGAGGUUUUAUGCACUGCAGAGCCACUUUCCGAGCAGUCAAUGGAGCUACCUGCUAGAGAUGAUCUAAACAAGGCAGAUAUUGCACCAAUUAGUGAAAAUGCUGAAAAUGUAGAGCCAGUGUUGGAGAUGACUAAAGAAGAUCCACCGUGUGAGCAGUCCCCUGAGCCACUUUCUGUUUCAGAAGACAUUGAUGUUGAGCCCUGUGGCGGGGAUGAAUUGCCAUCCGUUGCACAGGAAGAUGACCUCAAUUUGAAAGAUAAAGAAACUAAUAACGAGUUGAUUGAUAAGAAUACUGACCUAGACAUUUCAGCUGAACCAGAAGGACAUUCUGAAACUUCAGCAUUAGAGAAACAGACUGACAACGUCACUCAAAAUUAUGAGGUGUUAGAUGAACAAUCUGGCAUUGAAACAGAAUUGAACGUUGUCCUUAGCAGCGAUGAAACAGAGAAAGAAGUAGUUGAUGAGCCCUUUAGUGAAUAUACUUGCUCAGAUACUCCCCCAGAAACGUAUAUGGACAAAGAAGUGUUGAGAGAGGUUUUGAGUUCACCAGAGAGUAAAAAACAGAAAAAACGCAGAAAUGUAAGGACCUUUGGCAGCUCUGACAGACGAUUGCGCAGUAGGGCCUCUGGUGUUGAAGAAAUAUCCGUGACCCCUGAGAAAAACGAUCAGACCGCAUUAGCACAAGUCUCUGAUUCUGUUACUGAAGAAGCCAAGACUCCUGAGACAAAGCGCCCUUUGAGAUCUGUUAAGGCAAAACCAUUAGAAAGUGAUGUAUCUAACAGUGAAGCUCAGCACAGUGAAGUGGUCGGUAAAGAACAAACACAACAGUCUAACAUUCAUCAAUUUGACAAAACAGCUGAUUUGAGUCCAUGUGAGAACCCAAUAGCAGAUCACGUGGUGCAGACUAGAAAGAUGCUUAGGUCAAUGCAGGCAAGGCAGGCACUUGAUGAUGAGGGAGAACAGAAGGCAGUUCCUCCAUUAUCAAACGUUACUGAUGCUCCGAUUUCAUCAUCCAAGGAGCUAAAAGAGAAGGACGUGCCUGCAGAGAAGGACGUGCCUGCAGAGAAGGACGUGCCUGCAGAGAAGGACGUGCCUGAGGACGUGCCUGCAGAGAAGGACGUGUCUGAGGACGUGCCUGCAGAGAAGGACGUGUCUGAGGACGUGCCUGCAGAGAAGGACGUGCCUGCAGAGGACGUGCCUGCAGAAAAAGACGUGCUUGCAGAGAAGGACAUGCUUGCAGAGACAGACAAGUCACUUUCAGAAAAGUCUGAACAGACAAGACUGAAAGAUUCACAUGCCUAUGACCCUCCCAGUAAAGAUAGUCUUAUGGAACCAGUUAGUCUUCAGUCAGACCCAUCUCUUGUGACUACCCCUACUAGAGUCUCAGCACGAAUGCCUUUGAGAAGCAGGAGUGGCCCUGUGGAAGGCAGUAAGAAUCAACCUAUUGCAAAAUCUUCUAUGGAAAAGUCUGGACACAUGCCUCUAAGAAGUGCAGGUACCAUUGUAGCUGAGGAAACACCUGGGGAUUCCCAAAGUACCCCUACAAAUUCUGAAGAAAAAUCAAGGCACAUGCCAUUGAGGAGCCGAAGUCAAGGUGUUGAUAGUGAUGGCAGUUCUUCCACUGGAAAUCCCGCUGAGAAUUCUGGGCGUAUGCCCUUGAGAAGUAGCAGCGCUAAUACAGCCCCCCAGCCCAUGAGCCCCACAACCUCACCAAGGGACAAAAAAGCUCAGAGAUCUCCCAGGCCAACUAAAUCUGGGGCUGUUUCGUCAGAUUCUGAACAGAACCUUACAGGCUCCCCUCCUAAACUUAGAACUGAAAAGAUUAAGCAGGGUCCAAUAAAGGAACCUGUUAAGCCUGUCAUUUUACCUAGUAUUCCAAACCCUGGGCCUGUAGUACCAAAUCCCCCAAAGUUCUUGGAGGCCCUUAGAGGAGAAGAAAACCAACAGCUAAUCAUGAACCUGAACACCAAGUUUGAUAAAAUGCAAAAAGGAUGGGUCCAUGUGGACAAAGAGGGGCCCCAAACACACAGAUCAAGGAACAAAGCAGACAGACUGAAAGACAUCUGGAAGAGCAAGCGAAGAAUUCGAAAACCCAGAACAUUAGAGGCACAUAAAUUUUCCCCUGUACAGAUGCUUUUUAUGAAAUCUUUUGAUUUGCCAAGCAUCUGUCGCUGGUUCUUGCAGACCACAGAAACAAAGUCCCUUGUCAUUGUUAAAAAGGUAAACACUCGACUUCCAUCUGAGACGCAGCUAUGCUUUCACAGUUCGUCCUCUAUGGCAGGGACGUCACAUGGUGUACAUAUGCAGGCUGAGCGUUUGAAGAAACACCUGAAAAAGUUUGCCAUUGCCUCCCCAGUCAAGAGCAAUGCUAAGAGUCAAAAGCUUAUUGCCGAGGCAUUGGAACUAGAACCUGUUUGCAUAAAAAGUAAAGAAAAAAGGCAGUUAACCACUGCUACUCGGAUGUCCACCAAGCCUCAGAGUUUCAGGGGUGUUGCGCAGUCUGCUGACGGCCAGAAGACCUCUGUGAAAAAUCCAACUAGUGCCAGGAUUCUGAGGAAGUACUCCCAUAUACGGGAGAAAAUGCAAGGACAGCAGAAUUCAAAGAAACUCAAAGACCAGAAGGCUGAACCUCACAAAGGGGCAUCCAAGCAGAAGUUGCCCUCAGCAAGCCAGCAGAAACUGGCACUUUCAAAGAGAAAUGGGGGUAAAGACUCAAAUGUUUCAAAGAAAGAAAAGGCACAGCAGUCCCCCAUGAAUAAAAAGAGUGCAACAAGGCCUACUGGUAAAGAAAAGGUCACAAAGACGACCAGCACAAAAGCAUUGAAGGAACCUGCCCGUAAAGAUGGUCCUGCACCAAAGAGGCCUCAGCAGACAUCAAUGUCCCCCAAACCACAGAGGACCGCUUCGGCUACAGUUGGGAGUCCAAAAGGUAGCACAAACAAAAAAGAGAAUUCAGCUGGUGAAAAAUCUUUGCAAACUGCAACCAGUGACUCUAAGGCAGAUGCAAGGAAGCAAACACCUACUAAAGCCUUUGUGAGUUUGGUCUCCCCUACACAGAGUCCUGAGCCAUCAGUCUCACAAGACCAAGUGCUGACAAGGUCUCAGAGGAAAAUUGAGGCUGCACAGCGCCUGAGCGAGUCUCCCAAGUCUGCUACCAAGAGAGCCCAAGAACCUGUUGUAACUCCUGUGAAACGUACUAGGACAUCUCUCUUGAAAACAAAUUGAAAAAAUGGAGACAGACUGCCGUUUUGGGAAGUAUUGGUGACCGCUCUUAGACUGAGGACCGAGAUAAGUCAUGCAGUAUAUGUACCUUCAAAGUUUGCUCAUAAAUUCUUUUUUGUCCCUAUUAAAUGGGUGGGCAAGACAUGCUUGAAGUUUUUUUAAUAUAUAUAAAUAAAGAGAGAGAUACAAGUAGAGAGGAAAAAAACAACAACUUGGCAAUGAUUUUGCAAAGUUAUGAAGAUGUAAAUAUGGAAAAGAGUUAUUUAAAUUCAAUUUUGCCAUUUUGAUGCUGAAUGUUUUUGUGAUGUUCCCAUAUAAACAAUGUGACCUGCUGCUGAGGGGCAUACUCCUCUAUCCCCCUAGAGCCGUGUAGCGCUUGCAAGUUAGGGCUGCACAUGUACAUUUGGUAGGCUUUAAGAAGAUUCUUAUUUACAUUUAUAAACCAUUUACACAUGGUUUUUAUUGGUUUUGUCGCAUGUCAGUUGAAUGACAUACAAUCAUCAAACAUAAAAAAGCCAUGACUGAACAGUUAAUGAAAUGAGAAUUCAUGAUGAGUGACUGAUGCAGGACAAUUUUUUUUUUUUAGUGAUCGGUGCUUGCAUUUUAACUGUCACCUGCAUCUUUUCAUGGUAACAUUUGCAGUCCUACUGGCAAGCAGUGGUUGUGUGGGAAUUGGAUCUGGUGCCUUAUUUGUCAGUGUGAUGUGGUAGACUAUUCCUGGAUAGAGAGCCUCACUUCUUGGCCUGUUGCGCAGACAUGUACUGUAGGGAGCCCAAGGUUAUUCUCAUGCACAGCCUUGUUGUUUUCCUGUAUUUGCGCCCCCCACCCCCAAAUGUUUUAAUCAUAACUCUUUACAAACAUGGAUAAAAUCAUUGUUUAACUUAUGACCUUUACCAUGGAUGCAUUUCUUCCAGUGUUUUUUUUUUUUUUUUAAGUGUAAAGCAAGCAUUAACUGUAGAUUGUGUUUUAUAUUAGAUUAUAGAUGGAGUUAUUUGACAGUGGUUACAUUUUGACUCUUGAAGUUUUUUGACCUCAGAUUGUUAAACCUUGGCAAUAAGUACAUCAUCCUUAAACAACCCUUCCCGUCCAUACUCUUGGUCCAUCUGAGAAAGUAAUAAAAAUGAAAACGAAUAAAAAAAUAAAAGGUUGCACACUUUUUCCUUGUAAGUAGGGCACACUUAAGCAUUCUAAUUUCCCCCAAAUUACAGGCUUGGUAUCAUUAUUCAGAAAGCAUUAUUAUACCCUAUUUUUGGAGCUCUUCACAUAAAAUGAAGUGUCAGUGUGUCAGCAGCAUUAAUGUACUGUCUCUCUCUCACUUAAAUUCUACAGCAUUGUGGUUUCGCUGAAAAUGCUUUUCAUUUGCUCAUUUAAGCCACUGAAGCUGUUUUUGUAAUACAAAAAGCUGUAGCAUUUUGCUUGAUUGUGCAUGCAGUCUUUUGUAAGGCAGCCCAACACAGUUUCAUAAUUUUACUUUUGGACAUCCCCAGGUUUUCUUAAGUCCAAUUUAUAAUGCUAUGCAUGUACAGACCUACCAUGGUAAGCUGAAUUCUACCAAUUCUAUUCAUUUAAGAUGUAAGAUAUGGUCCAGAACAUUGAUAAUGUACACAUUUCUUUGAAGAUGGUUCACUAAGGACACUUGUUAAACACCACAUUUUGUGCCAGAAAGUUUUUUGCCAUUCCCCAGUGGUUAUGUGUUAAGUUAUUUAGAGUUCUAAUUUAAUUUUUUGCUGUAACAAAUAUGAACUAUAGAUUGCUUGCAGACAAAUAUGCUAUCAAAUACUUUGAUUCUAUGACGUUCUUUCAGGCGAGUAAAAUGUGUGCUCAGUCCGUAUCUGUUUAUUUUCCUUUUAAAGAGCACCAACCUUUCACGGCUACGUAUUUAUUUAGGAGAAUUGUUGUUGCUAAACAAAUUACCAUUAUUUCCUGUUCAAAAGGUAUCAUUCAGUAUUUCCUGAAAUAACAUUUCAGAGUAUUUGGAAACAUGUAUGUAUUUUGUAUUUUGGGGAACAAAAUGUAUUGUACUAUUUUCAUCAGUAGCCUGGUCUCUGUAUCCAUACUUUGGGAAAAUAAAUAAAUAGCACAGUACUGUCUUAAUGA